CACUCCAGAUCAAAGACAACAGUUUGCAAGUUUUUGCAAUUUCGUAUUCCUCGGAUAAUGGCAAGAAAAUUACCGUCUUUCUUUUGGAUUUACAUUUGGAAUGAAAUCCCCGUUGGUUUUUCAAUCUUAAAAUGGAUGUACACAUAAAGUUGUUGGCGUCUUGCAACUCAAAUGUUCGGGCUUCGAAAUACAGGCCUUCUCUUCGCGACGCCAUGACACCCGAAGAUACAUGUUCAAAAGAAUCGCAAAGAUUAGCCUUUUGCUUCCCGGAUGUUCUAUUGUCCGUGACGCCCGCCAAUAUGAGGAGCUGAUUUGCAUAUGCAAUGGCCAGCCAUACACAUUUGUAGCGGGAAGAGAGGAGGUUGUGAAGUUCGUUUUAAAAUUCGUCUAUUAGCAAAAUGGAACACAGAAUAGAGCUUGAACGUCGUGGUAGAGAUAAAGAAAAGGUUACGGAACUCAAUUUGGAUAACUGUAGAUCAACAAAUGUUAUUGGACUUGAAGAUUUCAAGAAUCUAAAGAUAUUAUCGCUGAUAAAUGUCGGUUUAACCACGUUGAAGGGAUUCCCCGCUCUUCCAGAAUUGCGAAAGUUGGAACUGAGUGACAACCGAGUAUCUGGUGGUUUAGACAAUCUCCUAAAGUGCCCAAAAUUGACCCAUUUGAGCCUAAGUGGAAACAAAAUCAAAGACUUUGAAGCUCUAGACUCACUGAAAGACUUGAAGGAACUUAAAAGCUUAGAUUUGUUCAACUGUGAAGUCACUUCAGAAAAAGAAUACAGACAGAGAUUGUUCAGUCUUGUGCCAUCUCUCGAGUUCCUGGACGGAACUGACAAGGAUGACCAGGAGAUUGAAGACGAUGAUGAAGAAGAAGUUGAUGAUGUAGACGGGGAAGAUGAUGACGAAGAAGAUGGGCUUGAUGAUGAAGAUGAUGAGUUGGAGGAUGAAGAUGAUGAUGAUGAGGGAGAUGAAGAUGAUGAUGAAGAUGGCGUAGAUGCUGAUGGAGAUGUUGAAGGGGCUGUUGAUGACGAAGAUGAUGACGAUGACGAUGAUGGGGAUCUUGGAGAUGAAGGAGAGGAUGGUGAUGAUGAUGAUGAUGAAGAAGAUUUUGGAGAUGAUGAUGAUGAGAAUGAACCUGGUCUUGAUAUGCUGCAAAAAGAAAAUCUGUCGGAUGAAGAGGAUGAAGGUGAAUUUGAGCCAGAAGAUGAUGAAGAAGAUGAAGAAGAGGACCUCAAUGAAGAUGAAGAUGAAGACGAGGAAGAACCAGACACUCGUGGGCAGAAAAGAAAACGAGAAGGAGAGGAUGAUUAACGCAAUCGCUUUGGAAUUACCACCAUAAAAUAGAUACAGAACUCCGUACUUUAAAGCCAUGUUGCAUUUGACCUUUGACCCUUUGAGAGUCACUUGAUCCUUUUAUUAAAGGAUGACCCCUGACCUUUUAUGAAAGGGUCAAAGGCCAAAAACUGCAUACGUGGAUGAGUGUGCUGGUCCCCCAUUCUUAGAACAUUUGCAACCUACGGCUGUGACAUUAGUGAGCUAAUUACCCGACUCUUGUAAAAUCCAACAGGGCUACUCUAUUGUGAACAGACCUGAUGAAACAUUUAUUGUUUUGCUUGCUUGUAAUAAUCAGUGGAAGCUCAUAUGAAGCCACUUCUGCACACCUUAAUGCUUUGUUUGAGAUGGAUUUGUAUAUAGAAAAAGCUUGCACUGUAAAAACCUGUUUUUGUUGCUACCAGCCCUGUUGUUAAGCUCAAUACUUUAAAUGGACUAUCGAAGAAACAACUCCAAUUUUCCCAAAACAGUUCCCGCCUUAUCAUGCAUAGAUUUUUUACUGUUGCCACAUAUUCACAUUUGAAGGUAAAUUCCACUGGGACAUUUUAUCUAAAGUUUAUGUCAAAUAUAGAUCUUUAAUUCUUCAAAAAACUUGCCAUUUAUCUUACCUCAAGCUGUGCCAUCGUAUCAUUGAUCAUUUCUUCCCACUUCAUGACCUUUAAUUGAGAUCAUUUGUCAGUGUAGGGCUCUCAGGGUUUAGUUUCCCACCUUUUCUCAGUCUUUUUACUGCACUCACCACUAUACUCAUUUCUCAAUACUUAACUGAUUAUUUUGAUAGCCAUACCCUAAAUACUGACAUACUUUACCCUGUGUACUUUUCUCUGUGUAAAUGUUUUUCGUUAUUACCUUUACCAAACUGUGCUGUUCUUCCCAUCCCCUCCCCAUCCUUUCCGUAAAUGAAACCCUCCAUUUUCAUAGACAGAACUCCGUUUUCUAAUCAUUGCGUGAUUUGUACCCAAGAUCCUUCAUGAAACAAUGACCAUCUCUGAACCUCUCAGUUGCACACAUGUAGUGAACGGAGCUGUCUAGUUUCCAAACUGCUCGACCUGAUGACGUAAUUAGUUUACCCUAAACCUAACCCUUACCCUAAACCUUACCCUAAACCUAACCCUAACCCUUAACUUGAAAUAAGUAAUCAUGCUAAUUUAUGACUAUUAAUCAUGCUUAUUUAUGAGUAUCAGGUCGAGCAGUAUGGAAACUAGACAAUUCCGAAGUGAACAUAAUGGGACCUCGUUUUGAUAGUAGCCACUAAUCUCGCUUUGAUGAGAGAAUUGAAUGCUGGGAUUACAUUUUGUUAUCAGUUUCCGUUAGCCAAUCCGUCGAAAGUAUUUUAAUAGCAUUGUUAUGUUGCUUAAGUGUCUGUAAAUAAGGUCGUAGUCUUCAUUGCAGUUAUUUCGAUUUUC